AUGGCAUCUGGCAAGGCGACAAACCACGGCAUGGAGGACGACAACGACAUGGAGUACUCGUCUGCGGAAUCGGGGGCCGAGGAUGCGGCGGAGUCGUCGUCGUCGCCGGUGUUGGCGCCGCCCCGGGCGGCUCCAUCGUCGCGGUUCAAGGGCGUCGUGCCGCAGCCCAACGGGCGGUGGGGCGCGCAGAUCUACGAGAAGCACUCGCGGGUGUGGCUCGGCACGUUCCCCGACGAGGACGCCGCCGCGCGCGCCUACGACGUGGCCGCGCUGCGCUUCCGUGGCCCGGACGCCGUCAUCAACUUCCAGCGCCCGCCGGCGGCGGAGGAGGCCGGCUCUUCGUCGUCCAGAAGCGAGCUCGAUCCCGAGCUCGGUUUCCUCGCCGACCACUCCAAGGCCGAGAUCGUGGACAUGCUCCGGAAGCACACCUACGACGACGAGCUUCGGCAGGGCCUGCGCCGCGGCCGCGGGCGCGCGCAGCCGACGCCGGCGUGGGCGCGAGAGCUCCUCUUCGAGAAGGCCGUGACCCCGAGCGACGUCGGCAAGCUCAACCGCCUGGUGGUGCCGAAGCAGCACGCCGAGAAGCACUUCCCUCCGACCACUGCGGCGGCCACCGGCAGCAACUGCAAGGGCGUGCUGCUCAAUUUCGAGGACGGCGAGGGGAAGGUGUGGCGCUUCCGCUACUCGUACUGGAACAGCAGCCAGAGCUACGUGCUCACCAAGGGCUGGAGCCGCUUCGUCAAGGAGACGGGCCUCCGCGCCGGCGACACCGUGGCGUUCUACCGGUCGGCGUACGGGAAUGACACGGAGGACCAGCUCUUCAUCGACUACAAGAAGAUGAACAAGAAUGACGAUGCUGCCGACGCGGCGAUUUCCAAUGAGAAUGAGACAGGCCAUGUCGCCGUCAAGCUCUUCGGCGUUGACAUUGCCGGUGGAGGGAUGGUGGGAUCAUCAGGUGGCUGA